AUGCCAAAUUCCGCGAAUAAUGACAACAGCUUGGGCAAAAAACAACAAACAGCUGUUAGCGAACGUCUUCGUGCCGUUACAGAUUCAGGCAUCGAGUAUAUUAUGGAACGUGAUGAGAUUGAUCCUCCACACCGAGCGCGCCUGUAUCAACUGUUCAGUCUAAUCGAAAAGGAAUUCGACCAGAUUUAUGCGGAAAAUUGCGAACUACAUGCAAAAAUCGCUUUAUUGACAGAAAAAUAUGGCGAAGCAGCUGUGCUAGCUUCAGUUCCGAAUUCUGAAAGCGCUGUACAAGGUGGAUUUGAGUUUGGUGCAUCCAAAGGGUCAGCACGGAAAGCCAUGCAAAUGGGACAAAAGCUCCGGACAGCUCUGCGUGGGCCACCGGGGCGUUUGGUUUUUAAAGUUGGUGCGGACGGGCGCAACUUCAGGAUGACACAAAGAUUCGCCGGGCAUAAAGAUGGCGUCUGGCACGUUACGGCAAAUGAUUCGGCUAAAAUUGUAGCAAGCGCCGGGGCUGACCAAACGGCCAGGGUCUUUUCACUGGACUCCGGUCACGGUAUUGCGACGUAUGUGGGACAUACGGGGUCUGUAAAUUGUGUGUCGCUAUGUCCCGUCGAGCAACAAGGUGACUCUUUGCUUUUCUGUUCGGCUAGCGGGGAUGAGACGACCCAUAUCUGGCGAUCACCAACUGUACAAGUCAGCAGCGAGGAUGAAACAACGGAGGGCGCUGACGCUGAAGACGUUGAAAAUCACGAUCUUACAGAGGAGCCAGAAUCAGAACAAAACAUGGAAGGGAUCAAAAUCAAAAGCACUCAAUUGAAGCUGACUGGUCAUAAGGGACCUGUAAUCGCAUGCGAAUGGCUGGCGGGAGGACAACAGAUCAUUACUGCUAGUUGGGAUCGAACAGCGAAUAUCUAUGAUACAGAACGUGGCGACAUUAUAAAUGUCCUAACAGGCCACGAGCAGGAAUUAAAUCAUUGUUCAGCACAUAAUACGCAAAAAUUAGUGGUGACGGCUAGCAAGGACUAUACCUUUCGACUUUGGGACUUCCGAGAGCCAAUCCAUAGUGUGGCUGUAUUUCAGGGUCACAAUGAUUCGGUUACCUCAGUGGCUUUCUCCGCAAAUGAUCGACUUGUGUCUGGAAGUGACGACCGGACGGUCAAGGUAUGGGAUCUACGAAAUAUGCGAUGCGCCUUGACCACAAUACGUUUAUCAUCGGCUGUCAAUAGGCUGGCGAUCAGCCAAAACCAUGCUGUGAUCGCGAUCCCGCACGAUAAUCGACAUGUACGUAUCUAUGAUUUAAAUGGCAUUCGUGUGCCAAGGAUUCCCAACCGACGGUGCCAUCAUCGAAUAGUGUCAGCCGUUGCUUGGGCGGACGAUCAUCCUACAAAUAAUCUAAUCACAUGCGGGUUUGAUAGACAGGUGAUUGGUUGGAAAGUGCCGAUUGGACGUGAAGCCAAGGAG